AUGGNUCCAGACUGUUCGUUUAAUCAGGAUUCAGAUCAUUGCCCUCAUCAGUUACUGGAGUGUAUCAGGUGGAAAGGUUUGCCGCUGAAGGAAGCAGUGAUGGUGAACUGCUGGCCUGAGUUUGCUCUUCAUAAAGACAGAGAGUUUUUGAGUCGUAUAUCUGAAUCUCAGAAUCGACAUCAGCUAGAGGUCGAUAGUGUACUUCAUAACUCACUCAAUAGGAGCUAUUGUUUAAAUAGAAGACACAGGAGUAGAUGCAAUUUUGUUAUCUAUACAAACCUUAUACUAGAUCUUGUCAGGGAGAAGGUUGAGUGCCUGCACGGACACCCUGUAGGAGAAGAUACGAAGGUUAUAACUGGUUGUUCAUCAGUAGGUCCUCCCUUCGAACUACAAGGAUUAACUAUAAUUCCUAGUUAUGGUGUAGCGUUGGGGCAUAAAGGGGAAGACAAUAUCAAGCUGACUAUAGAUCUGUGUGCUUCUUAUGGUAUAGACAAGCUCUCCUCCUGGGAUGUAGGAUAUCUCAUCAUGGAAACCUGCGUGGAAAUCAAGGUUUUCAGUUUCAAGGACAAUGUUCCUACGAAGGAGAUCGAACAUGUUCUCAAGUUCAACGACGGAAGGUUGGCACAUUGUUCAUUAUCCCUGAAGAUUAAACGAGCUGACCUUCAGCAUUAUCAAUACUUAUUUCAGGACCGCAAGCAGUUAGAUCUCCAGAUGCGGUUCUACAAUCCAGAUUAUACGCGCAAACAUCGCGAUGUUAUUGAAAGUUCUCCGAUGCCGAAAGUGCGAAGGAAACCGGGUCCUCCAACCAAACCCAGCUCUAACUAUAGUUCAGGGGUGGGGAAUACGCUCAGAUUUCUCAGGGGAGGUGAUACUGAAGAAAGGAAUGACGGAGAAGAAUCUAGACAUCAACAAAAUAGAGCUGGAUCUUAUGAAGAUGUAAUCCAUGUUGAAGUUGAACAACACGAAGAUGAUGAUUCUUAUGAACAGGAAUAUGAGAGUGCUUACAGUGAUGAUGAAGACUAUAGAUGGCAAAGUCCGAAUACAUAUUAUCAAAAUCGUGGAUACUCCCCUGAUCGUCGAUCUCCUCCUGGUCGUUACCAUUAUCCUGGCGCCUCUCUUAUUGGCCGUUACUCUCCUCCUUCCCUUCAAGGCCGAUACUCUCCUCCUUCUCUUCAAAGCCGUUACUCUCCUUCUUCUCUUCAAGGCCGUUACUCUCCUCCUUCUCCUCAAUACCUCGGUGAAUACUCUCUUCAUAACUCUCCUUCUCAUCCUCAAUACUCUCCUCUGCAUCUUCCUCCCCGCUACAGACCGCCAAGAGAAAAACGUUAUAAUCGUUCUAACAUGGGCUAUGACCAACGAAAUGGAUCCCCUGGAGAUUUUGAGAGAUAUAUACAAAAAUAUCCUGGAGGUCGAACACGAUACAAUGAUCAAGGGGGAAGCGAUAGCAGUGAUUAUGAUUAUUAUGAUGAUGGCGAAGGCUGUUAUUUUAAUUACUAUCAUCCUCAUCCUUUCGAUCCUAACCCAGGACUUACAUAUGGGGUUCCAGAAUCUAUUGCAAGUUCAGAUGGUUCUGCCAGCAGAAAUAAUGAUGUUGCAAGAGAUGGUCGUUUCAACGCAGUUGAUUCCGACACGAGUGAACAUUCCGCAGUUAGAGUUCAUUCUGCCGCCAGAGAUCAUUCUGCCACCAGAGAUCAUUCUGCCACCAGAAAUGAUUCUUCAUUCAGAGACGAUUCUGUGUCUAAAAAUUGUUCUGUAAAAAGAGAUAUGUCAGUCACGAGAGAUAUUUCAAGUUCAAGAGAGCGUGAAAUGUUAACUCAGGGGUUUGAUGAUAGCUCCAAAGACAGCCUGGGAUCUGAAGGAAGAUCUAGAUAUGACCGUUUCAAAUUCAGGAAUGAACGUCCAGCUACUGAUCGUUAUAAAUCCAAUGAGGACCAGAAGUCUAGAUCACGCUCCAAUUCUAAAUCUAGUUGUGAACGUCCAUCUUCUGAUCGGAAGAAAUCCCGAAAGCAUCAAAGGUCAACCUCACAUUCAAUUUCUACAUCUAGCUCUACAUCUACCCGUAAGAACCGACGGAAAAGACGCAAGUCUACAAGUGGUUUUUCAGUUCCAACUGGUUCUCCACCAAGCCCUUCUGCUCCAGGAUAUAGAACAUGCUCCCCUGAAGGAUCACCUCAACCUGGUCCUAGUGGUUAUCAGAAGAAGUCUGGAGCAGAUAAAGGAUACUGCACCAACACUGCAACCCAACUUAUCGAAGACUCUGACGAUUACCUUUCAGGUUCUCACGGUGCACACAAGCUUCGAAAAUCAUCCAAACUCUCCUCUAGUAAAAAGAGGAAGUCUGGAUCAAAAAAGGUAUUGUCGGAUGAUAAAAGCCAUUAUACAACCACUGGAACCCAACCUACUGAAGACUCGGAUGACUCUCUGUCUGGUUCACCCAAACUCUCCUCUUGUAAAAAGAAGAAGUCUGGAAAAAAGAAGAAGUCUGGGAAAAAGAAGAAGUCUGGAAAAAAGAAGGCCUGGUCGGAGGAAAAAGGCCGCUAUACAACCACUGCAACCCAACCUACUGAAGACUCGGAUGACUCUCAGUCUGGAUUAUCCAAACCCUCCUCUGGGGAAAAAAAUAAGUCUGGAACAAAGAAGGUUUUGUCUGAUGAAAAAGGAUGCAAUAUCAGUACUAAGAACCCUGCUUUCAAAUUACAAGUUUCAUCACUACGCACUGGUUCCGCUGAAUAUUUUCCUUACUCUCCUGAUAACAAAUCUUUUUCACCUGAUUAUAGCCCCUCUCCUGUUGGGAGCCCUUCUCCCAGUCCUGCCCCCCAUGACGAUGACAACUUUUCUCCCUCAUGAUUUUCUGAACAACUAUUUUUAUUUUACUCCUAUUGUUUUUCUACUAUGUAUCUACUCUGUACUAGUAGUAAACACAGUAUUUUCCUUACUUAAUGUUAAUCUACUUUGAAAAUUAAGGUUUUAUACACAUUGUUAGGCAAUAUUCAUAAUUAGGCUAACUCUGUUUGAAGUAUGUGAUAUAUGUUUGUUUAAACCCUGAUUUAUUUUAAGGGGUUUUUAAACUUUCUCGCAUUUUUUUAUCUAUAAUCAUAAUUUAUGAAUUAUUCAUAACUAAUCCUAUUUACUGAUCAAAGGUGUAUUGUCAAAAAUUCCAGUGUUAAUUCAAAAACUCGCGAUUGUUUAGAAAAUUUCUUGGAUUUUUGAUACUUUGAACGAAGGAAUCCACCAAAUGCAAAUAUGAAAUGGUAGUGCAUGGUUUAUUAUCGGGGGGCUGAAUACGCCUCUGUUUGGUGUUCAUAUAUUUUUUAAGAAAGUAUUGUUUUUAACUCCUGAGAUAUUUUUUUAAUACUUAACUCGUCCUUAAAAAUCCUAAGAAAAGAAAGGAUUUGGUUUAGUUAAAAAUACAUCUUAUUGAGCUUUAUAGUUUAAAUUGAACAUUUAUACUUUUAUAAAAUUAUCAUUCACAUAUUUGUAAAUGU